CCUCCCUCCCUCCCUAUAGGCUACACACACUCAUAAUCAGACGGGCGUUGCCUGUUCUUUAUAAAUUCCUGAACAAACUUUCUCACAGCUCUUGCGCGGUACGUUACUUCCCCACCCUGUUCUGUUAGCGUCUCUCCUCUGUUUGUGUAUCCUUCUCUCUGCAGCCAUGCCGUCUCAGUUGGAGAGAUCCAUGGAGUCCCUGAUCACGGUGUUCCAUCGCUAUGCCGACAAGGAUGGUGACUGCAACACACUGAGCAAGAAGGAGCUGAAAGAGCUGAUGCAGACAGAACUGGACAGCUUCCUGAAGUCUCAGAAGGACCCAGCCGCCAUAGACAAGAUCAUGAAGGAUCUGGACCAGAAUGGUGAUGGGAAGGUGAGCUUUGAGGAGUUUGUCUCUCUGGUGGUGGGCCUCUCCAUCGCCUGUGAACAGAUCUACCAGCUCCACACCCAGAAGGUUGCUGCCAAGAAGUGAAGGAGGACAGGACAAGGAGAAAGAGAAGCAGAGAUGGCUGUUUUUAUAUAUGUCAUUUUUAUAAAUAAGUCUUACUGUUGUGAAUAAACAACGGCUGUCCCAAACUG